AUGGCUGACGGACUCAACGAUGCGCGGGCUGUCAGGGUUGCGGAAUUGAUCAACGAUUACCGCACCCUUCAACUCCAUAUUUCGCAACAGAGGAUGGAAGUACCGGCGGAAGAACAGCAUGAGGAAGGGUUUGCCGUUAUGAGGGAGUGUCUCGAUGCUGCCCAACGACUGUUAUCGUCUCAAUAUAAUUUGGCAUCCAUCCAGAAUCAGGGUGCCGAUGACGAGGCACAGAAAGUACAACUGCAGAGGGUUAUCCUUGACGGAAGUGUCCGGCGGUUCCAGGCACACAAGAUAUACCUUCGAAUUGCAGCAGCCAGGCGUUGGGCCAUCAAUCGAGCCAACGUGCUUCGUGGUGAAAGACCUAGCGAGCGCCAUGCCGCUCAAUUGCGCAGAAUUAAUGAUAUCCUACGAGAAGAGCUUGCCAACAUUACCGACCAGCAUGUCGUUUCGGAUCUCCAUACCGCCGAUGUUCGAGCAGGACACUGGCUGGACGACGACCCCUCCCUAGCGACCAUUCUGAACUAUGUACGAUCGCAAUCCUGA